GAGGUACCCGCACUACUUAAACCUACAGCUAAGAUUAGUCGUAUGGUUCGGAGUGCAAGAAUUUUCAACCUGUCUCAAAUAUAUUUACUUACACAUGAUGGUGAUACACCUCGCGAUAUGUCAUUUGGAGGGUAUGUAUUUGAUACGAAGGAUAGGAAAUUAGAUUCAUCAAUACCUCCUACCUUAGAGCGUAAGCGGUCUGGAACAGUUGUGUCCGCAUAUGAUGGACUCUAUUAUCUUGAAGCUACAUCGUCUUUAAUUACAGAUCCAGAUCCAUCCUUUGAGAAGUAUGAUCCUGUUAAGAAGGCUUGGCAGCAACUGCCUCCAUUUCCAUUUUCUAAUGACCUUCCUACGAAUGUAAUGGGUUAUGCUGUAUGUUAUGGAGUUAUUUUGUAUUCAUUUUGGGACCUAAAAAAAGACUUCGGCCUUGCUGCUUUUCACGUGGGUAGAGGGGAUUGGAAUCGAGUGAAAGUUGACUCUUCUGCUUAUGCUCCUUUCCGAGGGAGGGCCAUAGUUGUAGGCGAAUAUAUCUAUGCCUUACAUGUGUUUGAGAAGAACGAGAUUAUAGGAUUCUCCUUGAGGAUGGACAAAGAUGAGGAUGGCGGUGUUGCAUAUUCACUAAGCAAUGUGUUGACAUUGCGCGGCCUGGAAAUUGCAAAUCCGCCAUUGCCGUUUUAUGAGUACAAGUCAGACUAUUUGAUUCAUUUGGGGAACCAGGACUUAUUACAUGUUAAGACUGGCUGUAUCGAAGAACAUUGCAAUGUUCAACAUCUUUGUAUCGCCACGUUUCAAAUUGUUGUUAGAGAAGUAGGAUGGCAUAUGAUCCAGACCUUACAUUCAAGUGUUCUUCGUGCGGAUAUCGAGGGCCGUGAUUGGUUCUUCAUUAAUUUCGGCUUCACUCCGGAGUGUGGGGAUUAUGAACCCACAAAAAGGGAUUAUGAGCACGUAGAAAGGCAUAGUGCAGCUAGCGUGAACCCACCAAAACAAGAAGAUGACACACUGCAUGAAUAGGAAACCAAACCAACUCUAGAUGAGAAUUUGUUGAUGUGGGAGUUGACGCAUAGUGAGCUUCAUACUCGCCAGUUGGCAAAGAAAGAAGCCAACAAGAGAAAAGCCUCCAUGAAGCAGGAAAAAACUGCCAGGAACAAGGGAUUGGCUUCCUUUAUACGAGAAAUAUCCCCCAUGCAGCAUGGAAAAGGCAAACAGAAGAAACCCAAGAAGGACCACAAACCGAAAACUUGGCGGAAGGACGGUUUUUAAGAAUCAAGCUAAAUUUUUGAAGGUUGUUUUUUUGGGGUUUAGAAGUAGAGAGCUUUUGGAGAUUGUGGAGUGCCUCCUCGACACAAACAAAGCAGAACUAUGAAUGGAUUCCUACGGAAUGAACCCGUGUUACUGUA